AUGUCGCAAACAGUCGGCAGGACCCGUCUUGCCUACUCCCGCGCAUGGCACUAUGUCGAUGCCGGAUCUGAUUCACGUUCCCUCGGUCGUCUGGCUUCUUCAGUUGCACUCGUUCUGAUGGGAAAGCACAAACCGAUCUAUGAUCCCUCCACCGACUGCGGUGACUACGUUGUUGUUGCCGGCUGCCACGACCUUAAGACCACCGGCAAGAAGCGUUUCCAAAAGCAGUACUACCACCACAACACACGCCCAGGUAGCUUGAAGAGCAUGACAAUGGAUCAAAUGUUUGCCAAAUGGGGUGGUGGAGAGGUUCUGCGUCGCGCCGUCAAGGGAAUGCUGCCCAAGAACCGUCUCCAGGACUCGCGAUUGGCACGGUUGAAGACUUUCGAAGGUCUUGCCCACCCCUACAAGGAUAAUAUCGUCAAGUUUGGCGGCCAGUCAGUGAUUGGUGCUACCCGGGAAGUCGCAGAGGCUUUCAAGGAAGCUAAGGAGGCCCAGCCUUCCGCUUAA